UGGACCAAAUUUGCAGUACGUUUAGCUUUACCAUAAUAGCAACACAGCAGACUGAUUUUUGUCAGUUCUCAGACUAGGAGCCAGUUAGAAGGCUGCUUCUUGUGAAUAUUAUCAUAAUAAAAAAUUUAACUAUUCCCAUGAAGAUCUGCCUGACUCAUCAUGCAUAUAUAUGAAACCAAUAAACGAGCAGUACACACAUGGACGGCGGUUGACGUGGAUGUCGACGGACUGCAACAGCACGGACACGUGAUCGGAUUGAAAGAUGCCGUCGGAGGUGCGCAGCGUCUUAUCGUGGAUUUUGAAUGUCCGGGGCAGCGUGCGGUUCCUGUGGAAUACGGGAGAAUAUUUCACUGCGCUGGCGAGGAGGGCAUUAUGGGAAAUUUAUUGCCGGUGUUUUGUGAUUAUCGUAUGGCAAACAAAAAACUGUCUCCCGCGCCGGCAGGUAAUGAUCACGCCGACGUAGAAGUGUUGCUCCGUGAUCAUCCCCGUCGUCCGUGGAUAUGGUAUCCAGCCAAACUUCUUAUGAUCGUGUUCGGCCAGAUCACCGCAUUACGUUCAAAUCCGCCGGAUUUCGUUCUCGUCGAGGUGAGUUUGUCCGGUCAGUGUUGCCGCGAACUGCUUCCUUUGUCUCAAGUGCGCCGGCCAGCGACCUUAGAAGAACUCCAACGCAAUAAACUUGACCCGGGUUUUUUCUUGAUCCGCUGCUGUUGGGUCUCGGAGAAGUACUGGGCACCGUUGGAAGGAAGAACGGCAGUGCAGUUGGGCCGACAACUGGAUGGUCAUGUUAAAUCCAUGGUAUCCAACAUUCUCCGCCGCGGCAUAGAAAUGGAGGAACUGCGGAUGCUACGCAUGCGGUUGCUAGCCCUCGGAAUGGUCGAGGGUAAAACGGUACCUGUGGCAGAUCUGAGGGAUUUAUUCAGGCAAUAUCUGGCUUACAGAUGGAGUGAUUCACUGCUGAAAGGAAAUUCGCGCGGAAAGGAAGAAAGAAGGAAAGCAGAGAGCCGCGAAAACCCAGCAAUGAUGCUAAUACCGGAAAUUCUAAAGGAGAUCUUCAAAAUGCUCGACACUAUCGCGCGGCUGCGUUGCAGGCGAACCUGUCAUCUUUGGGAGGCUAUCUUGACAUCACUGGAGCUCUGCCGCGAUGUUCAUGUACGACUGAACGAAAACGAUGACCUGAUUGGCGAAGAGGCUUGGAAUACUAAUUUUAGCGCAUACGCGUGCAUCUUCAAACACAUAACGUCGGCCACGCGUACAAUCUCCAUCCGGGGUACGUACAGUGACCGAUUAGCAGUGGAAAACAGCGCCGGCUAUAUUGGCCAAGUUGUGCAAGCCCUUACAAUCCGCCUGGAUCGUUUGAUUCUGUCCCCAACCGCCACGGGCAUCGACGGGAUUGAGCACGACGAUCCGUUUCACAACUAUCAGCAGGAAGUGCUAAUCCGGGACAAGACACUGCGAGCAUAUUCUGACGAUUUGACCACAACGUACUCGCGUAUAGGAUCCUGGUGUGAUCGCAUAAUUUGGACCAACUAUUCCCUGUGUAUGUACUGUCCAGCCAGAUACUUCCUUAAACUUCGCAUUCCGCGGGCAGUAUUCGAUCUGCGCAACCUCUGCGCCGUCCAGUUUUGGAACGUUUUUGAAAAAUGUCUGGUCGACACGCAGCCGUUAGACGUGGAACGUAUUACCUGCUGGAUGGAUCAGAUUGAAUCACAGUCCAUUAGGAACUGCCGUCGAAUCAUAAAGACUUUGAGGGAGUACCAGAGCUGCGAUCCGCGACCAUUUGCGCAGUAUUCACAGCAAGACUGGACGCUGGACACUCUGGACAGUUUGGAUAUUCGGAAUCUGAACGGAAUCUGUUUGUACGUCCUGUCGUGUUGCACGGAAGAGUCGAGCGAAGCGCCAUCGGCAACCAGAGAAAACGAUGAGCCCCUGACAAAAAAGAUAAAAGCGGUCUAAUGUGUUUCAGGGCUAAUUUGUACGUAAAUAUCUGAAAACGCGUGUGAUUCAAGCGCCUAAACGAGUCAGAAAUUUGCGAAACGCUGCAAACGUGCUUGUAUAUCUGUAUGUAGAUAAUACAAGGGACAUCUCGGACUUAGGUUUCCAUAUCUUAUGUCUGCCCGUACUAACGCAUAAUAAGCAUGUCCGAUAUGUGCCGGUGUAUGUCCAAGUUUCCAACGCAGAUUACAGAAUGUAGCGACUUUGGUUCCGAGCACUGUCGUCGUUAUUCUCGUCGGCUUGCUUGUUCGCUUGAAUAACGUGAU